GUAGCAUUUUACGCAGUAAGACCCGUCCAGAUUUAGCAUUGGCGAUGGUCACUACCGGUUGAGUUUGCCGAAUGAGCCACACUUGCGUUGGCCUUCUCAUCCACCCGUCCACACCCUCCGUUGCACUGAAAACCAAAACCCCAGAAAAUGGCAACCCAAAUAUAUACAAAUUCGUCAUUACCAGUUAUAUCUGCUUCCUCUCUCAGUCAUCAGAAUCCAUCAAACGCUCUUCAAAUUCAUCAAUUCUUUCGAGCAACGCCUAGUUGUGAUUUCGUAAGAACAGGUUCCGUAAAAUUCUCAAUUCGAUGCUCAGCAAAGCCAAUCCAAACCCUCAGAACAUGCAAGAACUGUAAAACCCAAUUCGAUCCUUCACUCAAUCAUCCUAGGGCUUGCCGUUACCACACUGCUCAUUUCGGAGGAGAAACAAAGAGGAAAUUUGAGAGCGUAUAUACCGGAGGCACCUUGGAUACCCCUGGAUCUGGUAAAGUUCUUCAAUACUGGCAUUGCUGUGGGUCUGAAGAUCCCUUUGACCCUGGAUGCACUGCUGCUCCUCACUCUUCCUACGACGACUAAUGCAGUUCCUCUUUUACCCUCAAUCAAUUCAAGAUUCACAUCGUUCAUCCAAAACUCUUGUCUACUUCCUACCAGAAUCUGGACUUCUAAUUGUAUCUUUGAUGUUUAUUUUCCCUCCUGUAUUCUUGUAAACUAUAACAUGAUAUAAAAUUCCACUUCAUUUUUUCCCUUUAUAUAA